GAAUUCAUGUUCCUGUCCAAUUGUCCAUACCCGCAGAUUCCCAUCUCGUAUCCAUAAUUUUCCGUUCUAUUUUUGUGGGAUUCGCUUAUGAGAAUUAUUUUUUAAUUCUCAAAUUUCCUGUUCCCAUAAAUUACCUUCCCGAAAUCCCGAAACUUAUUCCCUUCCUCCCCAAGAAUUUGUUUACACUUUACAUUCGCUCCGAAAUGUUUCUGAUCAUUUGCGAAAUUCCCAUUUCGUUUUCAACAUUACCCAGAUUUUCUUCAGUUUCAUCUCUUUCACGCACACUUGCGAAACAUUUGUUUAGAGUAAAAUUUAGGUGAUGAAAUGAAUAUUCCGGGUUCUCCGCUGAUCGUUCUCUUCUCACUGCUAGCUCCCCCACGGUGCGAAAUUGUUCGGUUUUAUGGUUUAGGGGUCUCGUCUCAAACGGAUGAUAAUUGGAACCUAAGUUACAAUGGGAGAGGAAUCCCCAAUUUGGGUAUGUUCAGAUUGAGAGUGCUGACCUUUGGCAAAGCUUCUUAUGGGCAUGCCUCAACUGCGAGUUUCUGGUUCGAUAACUGGCUGGAGUUGAACGGCUUUGUCGAAGAACAGAGU